AUGGAGUUCAACAGGGAGGAGUUCAGGAGGCAGCUGGGGGCCGGGCUGGGCCGGCUGCACCGGUUCCUGGAGCGCCGCCAGGAGGACCCCGAGAGCCUGGAGCUGAGCUCGGGGGGGCUCUCGGGCGGGACCCCCGCCGGGCCGCGCCCCCCGGUGCUGGACUGCACCUUCUGCGGGCUGCCCCGGCGCUACGGCAUCGCCAUCCUCUGCGGCAUCGGCUUCUGCAUCAGCUUCGGCAUCCGCUGCAACCUGGGCGUGGCCGUGGUCAGCAUGGUCAACCCCGCCCACGGGCAGGUGAGGGGCAGGUACAGGGUCAGCCCCGCCCACGGACAGGUGAGGGGCAGGUGUGGGGUCAGCCCCGCCCACGGACAGGUGAGGGAUCAGCUACAGGGUCAGCCCAGCCCCCGCGCCCAGUUCAACUGGGACCCCGAGACCGUGGGGAUGAUCCACGGCUCCUUCUUCUGGGGCUACAUCGUCACGCAGAUCCCCGGCGGCUUCAUCGCCCAGAAAUUCGCCGCCAACAGGGUGUUCGGGCUGGCCAUCGUCUCCACCUCGGUGCUCAACAUGCUGAUCCCGUCGGCCGCGCGCGCGCACGUGGGCUGCGUCAUCGCCGUGCGCGUCAUGCAGGGCCUGGUGGAGGGCGUGACCUACCCCGCCUGUCACGGCAUCUGGAGCAAGUGGGCGCCGCCCCUGGAGCGGAGCCGGCUCGCCACCACGGCCUUCUGCGGUUCGUACGCAGGCGCCGUGGUGGCCAUGCCCCUGGCCGGGGUCCUGGUGCAGUACACGGGGUGGAGCUCCGUGUUCUACGUCUACGGCAGUUUCGGGGUGCUGUGGUACAUGUUCUGGGUGCUGGUGUCCUACGAGAGCCCGGCCCAGCACCCGACCAUCUCGCCCGAGGAGCGGAAAUACAUCGAGGAGAGCAUCGGGGAGAGCGUGGGCAGCAACCCGCUGCUGCUGGCCACGCCCUGGCGCCAGUUCUUCACCUCCAUGCCCGUCUACGCCAUCAUCGUGGCCAACUUCUGCCGCAGCUGGACCUUCUACCUGCUGCUCAUCAGCCAGCCCGCCUACUUCGAGGAGGUGUUCGGCUUCGAGAUCAGCAAGGUUGGGUUGCUCUCGGCCCUGCCCCACCUGGUGAUGACCAUCGUGGUGCCCAUCGGGGGGCAGAUCGCCGAUUUCCUGCGCUCGCGCGGCCUCAUGUCCACCACCAACGUGCGCAAGAUGAUGAACUGCGGGGGGUUCGGCAUGGAGGCCACGCUGCUGCUGGUGGUCGGCUACUCGCACUCCCGCGCUGUCGCCAUCUCCUUCCUGGUGCUGGCCGUGGGCUUCAGCGGCUUCGCCAUCUCGGGCUUCAACGUGAACCACCUGGACAUCGCGCCGCGCUACGCCAGCGUGCUGAUGGGGCUGAGCAACGGCGUGGGGACCCUGUCCGGGAUGGUGUGUCCCCUGAUCGUGGGGGCCCUCACCCGCCACAAGGUGAGGGGACAUUGGGGACAUCAUUGGGGACCCAGUCCGGGAUGGUGUGUCCCCUGAUCGUGGGGGCCCUCACCCGCCACAAGGUGAGGGGACAUUGGGGACAUCAUUGGGGACCCUGUCCGGGAUGGUGUGUCCCCUGAUCGCGGGGGCCUUCACCCGCCACAAGGUGAGGGGACACUGGGGACACUGAGGGGACAUU